UCAGUAUCGAUGUACAUAGAAAGCCAAAACUGACGAAAGAUUAUACUUAGAAAAAGAACUUUCUUGGUUAUACACAUGUUAAUAACAAAGUGGAUUAAUAAUUAAUAAUUUAUUGUUUAUAAUUUAUUCUACUGUUUUCUCAUGACAAAUCGUUGAUCAUGUUCAAUUUGUCAAUAAAUUACCAUGCAGAACCUCGACGCAAACAAAAAAAAGAAAAAUGGCGAUUAUUUCAAGCCAAGGAUUUACAAUCACUGAUGUAUCCGUGCUUUACAUUAUGUCAUAUUUUUGGAAUAUUUCCGUAUAAGAUAAACGCUUUUAAUUUGGAAAUUUCAAAACCAUACUACAUUUUGUCGACUGUCGUUACCUGCAUUUUUGGUAUUUACACAUUGAUAAUUCUGUUCAAUAUUUCCUUCUUUGGAAAACUCAAUAUGGCAAGUUUACCCGAGAUCCUUGCGGAUUGCACCGUCUAUGUGUUUGGCGGUUUCAUAGUGAUUGUCACAUUCAUUUUGACCGGUCCGCAGCUACGAUUGUUUCAGACUAUAUUGAUGAUUUCUUCAAGACUACCAGUGGAAUCAUAUGAGAAGUUAUCUAAACUGAUUCAUACUAAGGAUAUCAUCGGUUUUCUAGUAGUUGUGCCUGCAUUGUUCUUUCCUACAAUCCAAUUUGCGUUGACUCUAGAUUACUUCUAUCUAAUAUAUACCGAUUUAGUGGUGUUUCUGGUGGAUAUGUUCUAUAUGAAUUGCGUUUGCGUAUUAAAGGCGUGUUUUAAAAGAAUUAAUGACAAUCUGACAAACAUGAAAAGUGUCAUAGAAAAUAAUGAGUCACAUAUCUCUAGAUUGAACUAUCAUGACCAGAGAAAUCAGUUUCUGAUCAUGGAGCUCAAAGCUCUGAAGAAGGAACAUCUCGCAAUCAGUGAUACAGUACAGAUGCUAAACAUGACUUUCAGUUUGCAUCUUCUUGCUACAGUUGUCAUGGUCUUCUCCAUUGUCACCAUUACUUUGUAUUACUACAUACUGUUCUGUCUGCAUCUUUUGUUUAAUGAUGUGCCAAGAAAUGUAUUGCAUCACACAAGCUUUGUUAUGUACAUGUUAUGUAGUACUAUAAAAAUCACAUUGAUAGUAUGGGCCUGCGAGACGGGCAAAAAUCAGGCUCAGCAAAUGAGCGUGUCCAUUCACGAUGUGUUUAACAUCACCACUAAUGAGCAAAUCAAAUAUGAGUUACAACUAUUUUCUUUGCAAAUACUUCAUUGCAAUAACACAUUUGGUGCAAAAGGUCUCACUGUGGAUGCAAAACUUUUCGCUGAGAUAGUGGGUUGCAUUGCCACAUAUAUAAUAAUAAUGUUUCAAUUCAAGUUUUUCUCUUGCGAGAAAGAGAUGGCAAACAAUAUUACGGAAGUAAUCUAAUAAGACACAUAAUUAAACAAACAAACGUAUUAAAAAUACUUGAUUAUUGUUGCGACGAAUAGAUGGACUACUAAGGUAUCUUGUCGAGCUAAGCUGUUGAUUCUUGCGUUGCUAAGCGUCACGCGUCUUUUUGGAUGUCAUGCUGCGAUCAGCGUUUCAACGUGUGGAUCGAUCGGCAACAAUCAGAUACUUUUUUGAGUAGCAACGUGUUUUGACGAGUU